CACUAGUUAGAGCUGUUUCUGCGUGCAUUUGUCCCUCAUGCCAUCCAAGGACGAUAAGAGGCUGUUCAUCGAUAGAGUGGUCAAGCUCGCCGACGAGUACCCUAGGAUCUUGAUCGUGAACGCCAACAAUGUUGGAUCUAAUCACAUGCACUCUAUCCGACGAUUGAUUCGAGGUUUAGGGAUUUUGCUCAUGGGGAAAAACACGCUGAUACGCAAAGCCAUCCGAGAACACCUGCCGGACAACCCGAACUUGGAACCUUUGCUGCCCCACAUUCACGGCAACAUCGGCCUGGUCUUUACGAAAGGAGACGUUCAUCUUCUUAGAGAAAAGCUUACAGAAAUUAAAGUCUCAGUUGCCGCCAAACCUGGAUCGAUAUCCCCCGUCGACAUUGUCAUUCCGAAGGGCGGCACCGGCCUUGAACCCAACAAGACUUCGUUUUUGCAAGUUCUCAACAUCCCGUCCAAAAUAGAAAAAGGACAAAUUGACAUUCUCAGCGACGUCAAACUUGUUUCCGCAGGAUCUAAAGUUGGCGCUUCGGAGUGCGCUCUGUUUUCCCUGCUCAGCAUCAGACCCUUCAUCUACUCUCUGAAGGUAUCGAUGGUUUACGAAGAUGGGAAUAUAUACAGCAGCAGUGUCCUAGACAUCACAGACGAUUCGAUUUUAGGCGUUCUGAAAAACGAAAUUUCUAACGUUGCAGCCAUAUCUAUGGCUACACACCUUCCGACGUUGGCAGCCUUCCCCCACAUACUGAUAAACGCAUACAAAGACCUACUGGCCAUUUCUAUCAGCACGGACUAUACGUUCAAGGAAUCGGAACUAAUCAAGGAAAUGAUAUCCAACCCCGAAGCCUUCCAAUCUAGACAGCCAUCAACAAGCGACGCCGCGGCCGAAAAGCACGCCGAGAAGCAGGCAGAGGAGGAAAGCAAAAAAGAAGAAAGUGAAGAUGAAGGCGGACUGAUGGACUUUGGGCUGUUCGGAGACGACUAAAUGCACAAAACCACCUGAGGACGGUCGAGACUUCCUUCAUACAUGAUCCAAUAAAUUCAUACAAAAAAUGUGUGGUUUUUUUUUUUGCACUCCGAAAAUGAAAAAAUAGAUUUGCGUUUGCGCUCAACAAAGACAAAUCACUUUCUCUCCUUUAUUUUAGCUCUUUUUGCUUUGGACGGGCCAACGACGUAUGUCAUCCUUUUGAUGUUCAGAGGCUGCAGGACGGGCUCGAGCACCUCACCGACCUCGGCUGUCAGAUGACGCUCGUCUCGAUGCAACGUCGUCCCCGUUCGACCUUCAGAAGAUACUUUUUGGCCGAACGGUGAAUUCGACUUGAAAGACACGUCCUGCAGCCAAGGAAUGUUUAAAGGGGGCGCUUGCCUCUCGAUAAAGUCGACCAUCUCGUCCCAACAACUUUUUUCGACGGUUCUCUUAAACCCCAUACAUAUGAGAGAUUUAAUGUCCAGCGAAUUUGAAAAAAGCUGCGCAAGACUCUUCGAAGAUUCAGGCAAUAAGCAAAAAGCAACAUUUCUAAUUCUGCAAAGCAGUGGAAGAUGCUCAAUCAGUCUUCUCGGCUGGACGUUCUGACAAACAAUAACGAGCCUCAAAAGAUCGUUCUCUAAUGCCCUCGUGAUUGCAUUAAGUCCAAGAACAAUCUGAUCAAAAUCAGAAACAGCCAUCUUAUCCAAAGAACGAGCGUCUCUCGAUUCAGGAACCGCACUUGAACCAUCAACCACCGCAUUUGCAUCCAAAGGACCGCUCACGUCCGAUUCACGCUUUCGCACUUCUUUGCGUCCGCGCGUUCUAUCACAUAUCUCAGAGUCGUCAGUACAAGUCGGUUGCCUGCCACGUGUUCGGCGGCCUCGAGGAUAGUUUCUCAAAGCCAACGAUAGCUUCCCAAUAAUAGUCUGUCCGACGUCGGACUUCAAAGGCAACCUGCGCUCUCUUCUGGGUCAAUCUAAAUCGCGUGUCUCGUACAUAGACCAGACUCAAAAAUCGUACCAAGAAAAUUGAUAGGGCGUGUCGUAAAUGUCUUUCGACCGAACUUUAUGUACGCCUUUGUCUGCUAGUAUGGUUCCAGAGAAAGCCUCCUUUCCGAUGCUUGAGCUCAUUCUGUAUACUCAAAGACGACAUGUACUGCUUUUUAUCGCGCCUACACAAAAAUGAUGGGGCGGGUCGUUUGUGUACUAAAAAAAAUAUAAAUUCCCCUCAAAAAUCUAAUCGGUGCCGCCAUGGCUCCUGCUACUUACUCCACUCAAUCCUUCUUUAAAUGGACAAGGCCUUCUAUGUAUCGUCCAACUUUCCCUCUCCUCGCCUGUUCAAUCAAACACAAUUAACCCGCUUUUUUUUCAUUUUUUCCAUUUCUUUGAGCAUUUCGUACAAGUAAAGAAUUGAGUCAUAGGUUCAUCCGCUGAUCUUGUCUGAGCCUGCGUAACGUGGACUUUAUUAGAACCGCAUUUUAAGCAGGGCUCAGUCGAACAAUUGGCCUCCAAUUUUGGCUGCUGUCUAGCUGCCGUAGAUUCUUCAAUGAUCGUUUCUCUCUUCUUUCGAACCUCUUCUGUCGCCAGCUCUUCGGAACUCAUGGUCGCCAGCUUCUGUAUCGCUAAAACGCCAGUGCAAAUAUCAUUUAGUAAUUUCUUAUUUUGGCUCAGGUUAAAACGUAUGGAUUGAAGCUGAUCAAUAUAUUCAUCCAUGUCCUUAUAUCGGUUGUACACAGCCUCUUCUAUCACUAUGGCCAAAUUGUGGCAGAAUAUUUCUGAAUCGUGCAAAUGGGG